AUGUCGCGAAGCGCGUCGGUGAACGUUGACGGAGACGGACACGUGUCGCUUCCCGCAGCGACCACGUUUUUCAGUGUUCCGUUCACAGUCCCGAGUCCGAACAUCACGUGGAAGGAUAUCUAUCCCGAAUGGAUCGACGAAUCACGAAAGUCCGCCUGUCCGGAAAUCCCGGAACCAGACUGGUUUGCAGACGAGUCCGACCAAGCAGGCGCGGCAGGAGACGCCCGAAGACCCGUUGGGGAAGUCACUGAUGCAACGGAGCACUCCCAGAGUUCCCCGUUAGUGGCACGCUCGUUACUGGGAUCGUUCGACGGCGUGGUCGCGUCGCUGCCGUGCGAUUCGCAGCCGGCGGAUUCGUGGGCGAGAGACGUUCGGUGGCAUCACCUCAUGCUGACGGUUGGCCGGCUGGUUACCAAGGUGGGCGUGCAGUUACGGCUCAACGACGUUUAUGACGGAGUUGUGAUUUACCCUUUUACCCCUCACCACCCGUUCCCACCUCUCUUCCUCCCCUCUCACCCACUCUCACCCUCUCGCACCCCUCGCACUCUUCCGUCCAUCCCCCGUGUCCUCGCUAUCGCCGCCUUUCAGUCCACGUCAGCUAUGACGCCAGUGCUACUGUUCACCGAGUGCCGCCCGCCGCCGAACCUCUUCCGCUGCCGUGAUCUCGUGAUGCACGAAGGGCCAAUCUGGCUCUACCACGUGGCAUCCGCCGCCAUGCGUGAGCGUCUGCAGCCAAUCGGGUCGUGCCAGCUGGCGCACCCGACGACCUUGGCGGAAGUGGGCAGGGCGGAAGGGGGAGCACAGGAAGGGCGGGACGCGGCUCGGAGAAUAGGAGAAGCGCACGAAGCGGAACUAGUGGAGGCGCCCGAGGAAGCGCGAGUUUUGGCGCGGCAAAUGCUGGAAUCGCGGACACCCCGAGAGUCGCCUCGAGCGGCGCCGCGAGUGGCUUACGCUUCGGUGCUGCACACGACAGAGGACUACGUGUGCGGCGCGAUCGUGCUGGCUAGGAGCCUGAAGAAGAGCGGAACGAAAGCGGACCUGGUGCUGCUGGUGUCGCGAGAAAUCAACCGCAAGAGCCGCAGGGGACUGAAGAAGGCGGGGUGGCGACUCAAGGAGAUCGAGCGGAUUCGUAACCCGCGCGCCGUGCCGAAGUCUUAUAACGAAUGGAACUACAGCAAGCUGCGUCUGUGGCAACUCGAGGAGUACGACAAGGUCAUCUUUGUUGACUCAGACGUCCUCGUUUUAAAGAACCUCGAUUUCCUCUUCAGUUACCCCGAGCUCUCGGCCCGCGGCAACGCGCGCCACCUCUUUAAUUCCGGAGUAAUGGUUCUAGAACCUUCCAACUGCACCUUUAAUCUCUUCAUGUCCCACGUCACCACCCUCACCUCCUGCAAUGGCGGCGACCAAGGCUUCCUGAACAAUGUUUUCGCGUGGUGGCACCGGCUGCCCGAGUCGGUCAGCAUGCUGAAAUACUCCUGGAACGGAGACACUGGUGCGGGCGGGACGGCGGAGCGGGCGGCAAAGCGGGCGGCGCAGCAGGCAGCGCAGCGGGCGAUGCUUGACCGGGUGUUUUCAGCCGAGCCGGCUCGGGUGCAUGGGAUUCACUACCUGGGCAGGAAGCCAUGGCAGUGCUACCGCGACUUUGACUGCACGUGGCUGUACCCGUGGGACCACCAGUAUGUGAGCGACGCCGCUCAUGCCCGCUGGUGGGCACAGCACGACCUCAUGCGUCCCUCCUUGCAGGAAUACUGCUGGCUGCCCAACAGGUGCGUCCCUGGGCUCCCACUGCUGUGUAGAUGGGUGACAAUGUGUGUGAAUGGGUGGAAAUGGGUGGGAAUGCAGAUGGGUGGACAUGGGUGGGCGCUGGUGGGCGCAGCACGACCUCAUGCGCGCCUCCCCGCUCUUUCCCUAGUACCCCCCUUCUUUCUCCCCUCCACCAUCAGGAGGAAGGCAGAGAUGGGUUUCUGCAGGCGAGUGCUCAAGAAGGAAGUGGCUCCUCCUGCUGCAUUGACUUACAAGUCCCCCCUUUACGACCCUCGUACCGCUCUCCACCCCCCUCCAUUCCCCUCAACCUUCAGGUGGAAGGCAGAGAUGGAGUAUCGCAGGAGAGUGCUGAAGAAGGAGAAGGCUCCUAAAGCGUUUUGGAACUUCAACAUCACAGACCCGAGGAGGGACCUGUGUGUGAAGGGGCAGACCACGUGCAAUUGGCGGGGAUACCUGAGACACUGGAAGAAAUGA